CAGUCACAGUGCACUCUGACUCAAGUCAUGAGCUACGAAUGUCGCGCAGCUUUGCAAGCGCUAUAAAACCCUCCUGCUCUCAGACGUCAAGCUCAUUCAUUCCAGAAACGUUUUCGCAAGCAAUCACAGCAGCUUCAGCGACUCUUCAGCGCCUCCAAGAGACCACCGCCCCCGCUUUGACCAUCUUAAUUCAAGCAAGCAUCAACCACAGCAUCAGCACUAUGGCUCUAGCCGCCCUCCUCAGCCGUCACUGGGACCCCGCCUUCGUCAUGCAAGCCGAGUGUGACUGCGACCCCUGUGCCUGCAAUCCAGCAGCUCAGCCUCAAGCCCCAGCUGCUUUUGCACCGGUGGACGUGCGCGAGACUGAAGAGGCUUAUGAGUUUGAGAUGGAGGUACCGGGGCUGAACAAGGAUCAAGUCAAGGUGAAGCUGGAGCAGCAGGGGAGAGUCCUUGUGCUCAGUGGCGAGAGGGAGCAGCAGAAGAAGCUACCGGGCCAAAAGUACCACAGAGUGGAGAGGUCGCGGGGCAACUUCGAGAGGAAGUUCCGGCUACCAAAGGACGCCAACGGCGAGGAUGUGAAGGCAGCCGUCAAGGACGGCGUGCUGUCCGUCCACGUGGCCAAGAGAAAGGCACAGGAGCCGAAAGUGAUCACUGUUGAGGUUCAGGAAAGCUAAAUUAUAUAGGCCUCUCAUAUAUUUGAACGUAGGAGAUGGGGUAAAAGCGUACAGUCUUGUUUGUUAUAUUGGUUGGGAGAGACUAGACGUGUCCGUCCAGUCACCAUGCCUGGAUUGCACCAUCCGAGUAGAGUGCGAUGCUGAUAGACCGAGCAGAAAGAGACAGCUGUUGAUAACAAAAGUACAGACUUGUCUGCACAGAUGUACCCUCGGCUCUUGAGGUGAUCUUAUAAAUCCAUUUUGUGCCAUACGCAACGUGUACCGUUGGCGAAGACGUUCUCCAGCUUUCACACAGGCCGACUCGUUUCUUGUAAAUCCUACCCGUGUUGUGACCGACCUGAUUAUUCGAUGAUGGGAC